GUCGGCAGUUAGAGGAAAGUCAUAGAACCAAUAUAGUUCAUAUUCGGGACUAAGUUGGAUAACGUUUUACAAACCCAUAAUAAUAAUUUUUAUUGUAAAGAUUAAUUUGAGACGACUCAUAGGUACUUUUGUUUUUUGUGGGGUGUGAGAAGCGUGUUUCGUUGAAGAGAAGGGUUAAAAAGAGCAAAUAAGAGCUUAUUUCUUCAUCAACAACAAACAAGUUUUGACUUUUUAUCUUCUUCCACUUCUCUGCUUUUCCGUUACUUGUUCUAUUGCACCUUCCCUUCGCCGAUGCUAUGUCCACGUCAUCACCACCUCAACCAAACAAGAAACAGAGUUCCACCGUCGUCUCCGGUUGUUCUCUCAUCUUUGCACUUCUUCACUGCCUCCGGAACAAAAAACGAACCACUCCAUCCUUCGAUUCCGACUCCAAUCCCCCUCAUCCUUUCUCCUACACCCUCCUCCGCCGCGCCACAAACUCCUUCUCAACUCUCCUUGGCCAUGGCGGCUUUGGUCCCGUCUAUUCCGGUUCCCUCCCCUCAUCCGGUAAACCCAUCGCCGUCAAGCUCAUGGACUCUACCUCCUCUCAAGGCGAACACGAAUUCCACAACGAACUCUUCUUCGCUUCGAGACUCCGCUCUAACCUCCUCGUUCCCGCCAUUGGCUUCUCCUCCGAUCACAAACGCCGUCGUUUCCUUCUCGUUUACGAAUUAAUGCACAACGGUAACCUCCACGACGCACUCCUCCGUCGCAAACUCCCCGAACUCAUGCUCUGGAAAACGCGGUUUUCAAUAAUCCUCGAAAUCGCUAAAGGAAUUCAAUAUCUUCAUUCAUGCGAUCCACCAAUCAUUCACGGUGAUAUUAAACCUAGUAACAUUCUUCUUGAUAAUUAUUUUUUCGCUAAAAUCGCCGAUUUCGGACUCGCUAGGUUUAAAACACUUCCCAAUUUCGAAAUCAGAAAAGAUCAUGAAUUGGAAAGUGAUGGCAUGGAAACUGAGAGUUUCAACACUAGCUUUGAUGAAUACGAGAAAGAAAGUGCUGGUGUUGUUGUUGUUGGUGGAGUGAAGAAGAGUGGGAGCGUGAAGGAUUAUGUUAUGGAUUGGAUUGGAAAAGAGGUGAAGAAUGAUGAAUUGGGUGGGUGUGGAAGUGGAACUGGAAGUCGAAGGGGUGUGAACAGUAAAAGUAAGAAGAAAUUGGAGUGGUGGGAAUCAAUGGAUAAUGUGGGAAAAGCUGAUAUGAAAAAGGAGAAGAGAAGAUCAGUAAGGGAAUGGUGGAAGGAGGAACAUUCUCAAGAGGUUGAGAAAAAGAAGAAGAAAAAGAAAAUGGGUGGAAAAAAUAGUGAUAAUUGGUGGGAAAAUGAGAGAGAUUAUGAUGUGAAAAAAAGGAAUAGUAAAAAUCGUUCUAAGAAGGAACGUGGUAGUGUUGAUUCGUGGUUGAGUGGUGAGUUAAGGAGAGUUGGUUGUAAUAACUAUGAUUCAUGUAAUAAUAGCGGAGAAAUUCCAAAGAGUGGUGGAAUAAGCAAUAGUACUUCACCAAGUAUGAGAGGGACAGUUUUUUAUGUUGCUCCUGAAAAUGGCUAUAGUGGUGAUGUAACAGAGAAGUGUGAUGUUUAUAGUUUUGGGGUGUUAUUGCUUGUUAUUAUUUCUGGGAGGAGGCCACUUGAGGUGAAUGGUGAUGGAUUCACACAUGUGUUAGAGUUUAAGAGAGCCAAUUUGGUGUCUUGGGCUAGACAUUGUGCUCGCAAGGGGAAACUACUUGAACUAGUUGAUCCAUCUGUUGAGUUGUUGUUGGAUGAUGAUAAAGAGAAGGCUCUUGUAUGCAUCAAAAUUGCAUUGCUUUGUUUGGUUAAGUCAGCUAAUCGUCGUCCUUCGAUGAAAGAUGUUGUCGGUAUGCUUAGUGGGGAAUUGGAGGUACCUCAAUUGCCGCAUGAGUACUCACAAUCUCCGUUUCAAUUCAAGAAUUUAAAACAAGGCUUGUGAGACUCUUUGUAUCGACUAACAUUUUCGAGAUUGCAUGUUUUAAGUGACAGUGAAAUACUAUUUUAGUAAAAACUACACUUUUGAGCAGAGUUCCAACAAAAUCAUGUUAAUACUGUGAUUUGGUCAACCGACAGUGGUAGUUAGUUUGAUAACUUUCAAGAGAUUUGGGGGUGGCAGUUGGGUUUUCAUUAUUGGAGUAUAGUGUAGUAUAAUAGUUUUCGUUUUGUUUUUUGUACAUCAUAUUCUUGAGAUUUGAUUGUGUGUACAUGCCAUCUUGUUUCACACUGACUUUUAGGUGUGGAAAGUAUGACUCAUGCUUUAGUUGUAGUUCAAUUAACUUUCGCUAAAGAAAAAGACCCUUUUGGGGUCGUCCAUUAUAUGUUUGUUGCUUGUGCUAAUUUUGACUUGGAAAUUGAAUGUUGUAAUUUAACAUAGAUUCUAUAUGCACGUGCCACUAAUGGAAAGUACUUAGUUUUCUCAGUCA